GCUUUGUAAGGGGGUUUAGGGUUUAAGCUCUUCCUUCCUUCGCUAGCCCCGCUUCUGCUCUGCCGGGGGCCUCCUCCUCCUUCCUUCCUCCGUCCCUAGCUAUCUCGAUUCCUCUGGCUCAUGCCCACUCGUUCAUGAUUCCGGGUUCGGAUUCUCCCCGCUCUACCUCUCUGACUGAGCAGUAUGGACGACGAGGGAUUGAAACCAAUGUUGCUGCGCGCUGUGAUGGCAACUCAUCUUGCUGAGGGGAAGGAUGUUAGCGAGAUGCCGACUCUUCUUUCCAAUGCUGUGGCGUCGAUUCGACAGCACAGCCUGCUGCGGGAGACUUCGCGAUCGCCUGUCGCUUCUGGGUUGAAGACCAAGUCGGGAUUGAAUGCCAGUAAAGCUGCGAACGAUGCUUGGAUGGAGAAAGUGUUUAGGUUGCUCUCCGACAGCGUGGCUGAAAAUAAGUGGGCAGGAAUUUGUUUGCUUGGAGUGACCUACCGUGAGUGUUCACGACAGCGAUUCCUGGAGUGCUUCAAUUCGUGGUCCCUGAAGCUACUACCAUUUUUGAAGCAACAAACAGAGCCUGUUUUCGUGAGAGCGGCCGCCUGUGCUUCACUUACGGACCUUUUUGUUAGGCUGGCUGGGUUUACAGAGAUGAUUGGUGUGCGUCGAGAUGGUUCCAGCCUCAUCUCCAAGCUUGUUCAACCCUUGUUGCAAAUUAUUGGAGACAAGGACUCAAAUGUCUUAUUGAAUGAGGCAAUGGACCUGCUAAUUGCAAUUUUAAAGAGCUUCCCAAGCUGUCUCCGUGCACAGUCGAUUAACAUUGAAGUUCUACUGGUUGCCCGGCUUACGGACCUUAGUUGUCAAUCAAAUGCCUGUGAGAAAUGUGCUAAAGCAUUGGGGUUCCUUCCUGUAGUGCACGGAGAUGCUGCAACUUGGAGUUCCUUUAUACGUCGCGUCUUAAUUGCAAUCAAUUCUGACCUCGAUUUUGCUUUCCGAGGCAUGGAAGAUCCUUCUGUCGGGGAGAGUGCCACUAGAGCUUUGCAGCCUCAGGGACAUGACACACCACGGGCCUUGGGAAUUCCAGCUGUGCCUGCCAGUUCUGGCAUUCAAACUGGCAAUAACUUUAUGCGUCAGCUUCUGCCGCGUAUCUCUUAUCUCUUGCAGUGCUGCAACUACCUGUUGACCAGUCCAUAUCCAACGUCGGUGCCAGCUCCAAUUGGCCCACUGUUGGCUCUCGUAGUGCGAAUUCUUGGAGUGGAUGGUUCAAAAUCAUCUUCAGCUUUGAGUUCAACUGUAUUUUCCUCCCAGCAAGUAGCUCUACGUUCAGAACUUCCAUCCUUGCACCUCAGUGCGCUGGGACUCCUAGCUGCAACUUUACGUGGUGUUCGGGGUCAGUUGGUACUGAGAGGAGCUGCUAUUGCCCGUCUAUUGACUGACCACUUCCGGCAUUCUGGAGGAGUGUACUCCAGCCUCCGUAUCAAGCUUUACGACGUAUCUCGCCAGCUCUUUGUUCUCAUGGGUGCAGGAAUGGCAUCUGCCUUAGCACCAGCAGUUGUGCGAAGUGCACUCUUUGACUUGAAGGGUUCAACUUCGAGAGAGCAUCUUUCGUUUUCUAACUCAAUGAAGGUACCUGAAGUCGGUAAUGAUUCUGUAAAGCUUAACCCUAGAAAGCGCAAGGAACCUGGUAGUGUGCCAGUUGAACAAUCGAUCAAUGGCGUAGCUGAAUCAGCAAAAGAUGAAGGAGACGGUAAACCAGCUUUGGCAGUUCAGGUUGCUGCACUUCAAGCGCUCGAAGCACUUCUUAACACUGGCGGCGCUUUACUCCCAGAACGUUGGAGAGCAGAAGUUGAUGCGGUGCUCGCUGGCGUUGCAAUUGGUGUUGCAGCUGAUACAACAUCAUUCAAUUUAUCAUGCGAUGAAGAUAUUGGUUUUUCUAGAAGUCCCGAUGGCAAAUCAGUUCCUAUCCACUUUCAAGUGGCUGCUUACCAGGCCCUGCUGUCUUCACUGUUAGCACCUAGUGGCCAUCGUCCGCCUUACUUGGCUGUAGGACUAGCACUGUUUCGAAAUGGACGGAAGGAAGUCGGAACUGAAAUAGCAACAGUAUGUGCCCGAGCCCUAACGGCUCUAGAGCUCCUUAUUCAUCCCCGAUGUUUGCCACCUGCAUAUGUGUUCACUGAGAUGGGUGCAGGGCUUACCAAUUCCGGUUCGUCUCUGCAGGAUAAAUCUAGACACCUAUCCAGAGGGGGGAAUGAAUACGGUCUUUCUGGGGGAUCAUCCAAGAAGUUUGGAUACGUGUCAAUGGAUCCUUGGUCGGAAGUUGAUACAUGGCUUGGGUAUGGUGAGGCUACUGGUGAUGACUUAAUAACACGGCCAGACAGCAGCAAUGCUCCUAACGGUGCUGUCAACGGAAAUCCGGGAAAUUUAGCGGCCGACAGGGUAACCUCCACCCAUCAUGAGGCUACUGGUGAUGACGUAAUAACACGUCCAGACAGCAGCAAUGCUCCUAACGGUGCUGCCAACGGAAGUCCGGGAAAUUUAGCGGCCGACAGGGUAACCUCCACCCAUCAUGCAAGUUCGGACCUGGUUACCGUUACCAGUAGCUUAGCAACUUCUACGAUAGUGAAAACAUUAGUGACAUUUAGCACAAGUCAAGGUAAUCUAGAGCCAGGUUCAGUUUUAGAGAGAGAGACCGAAAGAGUGGCAGUGUCGACUUCAGGAGUUUCAACAUCCAAGGAUCAGCUUCAACAGUUUCCAAAGGUGGUGUCGACUUCAGGAGUUUCAGGAGCUCCUGAAACUGUUGAAGCUGUUCCUUGGAUGUCAAAGGCAGUGUCGACUUCAUUAGUUUCACCAUCCAAGGAUCAUGAUGUUGGAUCAGACUCUGACUCGGAUGGGCCUCUUCCAGCCAUCGUUGACGGAGAUCCUGAUUCCGAAUCAGAUUGAGGAGAUUUUCGCAGGGUUUGUUCACCUACCGGUAAUAGUUGCAGCCAACGCAAAUAUGUAUUCUAUUGAACAUUGAAGACUUAGGUUCUUCAAUGCACGAGAGCGUGUCACCAAUUUUGGUAUUUCUCUAAUUUCCUUUAAAUCACAUUGGAAGCAGUGGGCGGGGUACUGUGGGUGUGCACCUCUGCUUGUUUCUGCUUUUAACUGA